UUGUUCUACUCAAAAUUGUGCAAAAGGUACAAUUCUGCAACAGCAAAUCGGAUUAUGAGAGAAAGGAAAUGCUCUGGUGAUAUCCAGAAUAGAAAAAUGUCGCUUUAAUUUAAAUGUAUGAGCCAUGCUGCUUGUUCUUUAGUAUAAGCCGAAACAACCCAAUCAACAAUAGCUUCGAAAGAUUACUUUGUAAAUGCCCAGAUUUGUAAGCAAAACUAGAUGCUGUAAGAUGUAAGGUUCCUUGCAAUUGCCAAAGAAGCAACUUUUCUACUGCCGAAGCAUAGCUACUGCCAGAAUGGUAGUUGUGCUCAUCUCCAUCGCAUCUGGAGAUUUUCACGUGAUUCUGUCUGCGGCUCAUGAAAAAUUAACCACGAUGAGUGCUUGAAAAAAAUUGGCAGCUCCAUCGCUAGAAACCUCAUCAUCGCCAUGGUUGACUCUAAAUCUGUCAUAAGUAGUAGUGAAGUCUCCUUUCCAAGAGGUGGAUCUACUGCUUUAACCCCUUUAGAAGUUAAAGAAGUUUCGAAUGAAGUGACCAGAGAUGUUUUAUUUGAAACCGCAUCGGCUUCUAAAAGAUCCAGUAAUUUCAAGGCUGAUCAACCAACCAAAAAGUCCAGGAAAUCGAAGAAGAAGGCCACAACCGAGGAACCAAAGGAGGAUGUCGUGACCAUCGACAACUUUUCUCCAAAGAACCUUCAUGCUGACACUACUGUGUUGGGUCAAAUCACAUCCAUAAAUAAGAUGGACAUAACCUUAUGUCUCGGAGACAAUUUAUUCGGUGUCGUAUCUAUAACGUCCAUCAGUGAGGAAAUUAAUAAAUUGAUUGAGGAAAUCGAUCAAUCUGAAGAAGAGUCUGAUGAAGAGUCCGAUGACGAAGAAACCACCAAGGCCACCUUGAAAAGUAAGCCAGAAUUUCCACAGUUGCAAGAAUUAUUCAAAAUAGGUCAAUGGUUAAGAGCUAAAGUUUUACCACAUGAAGACUCAAAGAAGAAGAUCCACCUCACCAUCGAACCAAAAGAAGUUAACGACAACUUGGAGAAAGAAGACUUGAUCACAGGAAAUGUGCUUCAAUGCUCAGUGAAGUCUAUUGAAGAUCAUGGUAUAAUUUUCAACACUGGCAAGGAUGAAUUCACUGGUUUCAUUUCCAACAAGGAACUUUCCAGCACUCCUGAAAUUGACAUGAAGUUGUUAAAAACCGGAAGUGUUUUAUUGACCAACAUUGUUAACAAACCAAGCUCCAGAACUAUUACCCUCAGACCUAUUUCUAGUCCAUCCAACUCCAAAAAGACUACGAUAUCCACUAUUUCUUCCAUUGACGCCAUUCAACCUGGUAUUAUGGUUGAUGCCAUCGUGUCGUCGAUCACUAAGAAUGGUUUGACAGUCAGAGUUUGUGGUUUAGUUGAUGGUUCUAUAAACUUGUCACAUUUGCAUGAAUUUGAAUUAGAAAAGUUAGAGCAUAAAUUCACCAUUGGUAACUCUAUUAAGGCCAGAGUGAUUGGUGUUUUACACAGAGCGGGUGUUAAGAAGUUGGUUUUAUCUGUUCUUCCCCAUAUCUUAACUCUCAAGCCAAAGGAGGAAAACGCCUCAGAAGCUUUCCCAAUUGGCCAUGUUUUUGAUGAAGUUGAGGUUGCUGGCUCAGACGCAAACUACACUUUCUUCAAAUUCGGUUCCAACACCUUAUUUGGUCAAAUCCACAACUCCAAGAUCAACACCGAGGAAUACAACUACAACGUUGGCUCCAAGCAUGAAGCCAAGGUUUUAGGAUACAAUGAAAUUGAUAACUUAUUAGUUUUAACUUGUGAUCCUAAGCUCGUCAAAGCCAAGUAUUUGAAGGGAAGUGACAUACCAAUCGGUACUCUCAUUAACGGUAUUGAAAUUAUCAAGGUGUUGCCAGAAUCGGGUGGAAUAAUUGUCAAAUUAAUGGAUGAUAUCGAGGGUUUCGUUCCAUCCAACCACAUCUCUGAUAUCAAGUUGGUAUACCCUGAAAGAAAAUUUAAGGACGGAAGCAAGACCAAGGGUAGAGUCUUGAACACUAAUGGUAAGAGAGUCUUAAUUUCUUUGAAGAAGUCUUUGGUUAACAUUGAAGAUGAACAAAUCUUGGACACUUACGGUAAAGCGGAAAUUGGCUUGAGAACCAGUGGUACCGUUGAAAAGUUCUUGCCUAAUGGUGCUGUCAUAUCAUUUUUCGGUCAAGUUAAGGCAUACUUGUCAAAGGAAGAAAUAUCGGAAACUUACGUCGAAAAGAUCACUGAUUACUUAAAGAUGGGUCAAACCGUCAAUGUCAAGGUCUUGGACGUUGAUGAGGAGCAACAGAGAAUGAGAGUGACCUUAAGGCAAUCUUCAACUGUGACUCCAGACCAACAGCAAUUUAUCGAGCAAAUUCAAUACGGUAAGACUGUUGGUACUGCCAUCGUGGUCGAAAAGAGACACGAAGUGGUGUACUUUGAAUUGGAAUCAAACCAACUCAAGGGUAUGAUCUUGGAUGGUCAUUUAUCUGAUGGUAACUACGAGCAAAACAGAUCUUUGUUCAAGAAGUUGGCUGUCGGUAGCAAGCUUGAGGUUCUUAUGCUUGAAAAGGACCAGAGAGCUAGAACCAUCGUUGCCACUGCUAAGAAGUCGUUGAUCGAGGCAUCAAAGAAGGGAAACUUGCCUUCUACUUUUGAGGAUAUCCAAGUCAAUGGCGACAAGCCACUCUACGGUUUCAUUAAGUCUGUUACUAACAUGGGUUUGUUUGUCUCUUUCGCUAACAGAUUGACCGGUUUGGUAUUGGCUAAGUACUUGAAGGUGGACGACUUGUCUAAGAAGUACCAGAAGAAUCAAUCCGUUGCUUGUCAUGUCAUUAGAACCGAUGAAGUCCAAAGAAGAUUUUUGUUAACUUUGCAGGACGAUGAACAAUCCGAAUUCUUGAACCAAGACAAGGUUAUCAACCCAAUUGACUCGUCCAAGAAGACUUUCGGUGAUUUCGUUCCAGGUUCCAUCACCAAGUGUGUGGUUAAGUCUGUUAAGGGUACCCAGUUGAAUGUGCAAUUAGGUGACAACUUACAAGGUAGAAUUGAUGCCACCCAAUGUUUCAAUGACUUCGAUGAAAUCAAGAACGUCAAGCAACCAUUGACCCAAUUUCCAAAGGGAACUGUCUUGGAUGUUAAGGUCAUUGGCUACCACGAUGCUAAGGACCACAAGUUCUUACCAAUCACUCACAGAAAGAGUAACCGUAACUUGAUCUUGGAAUUAUCUCGCCUUGAGAAGGAGUUGUCCACCAAAGACGUUCCUUACGCAGGUCUUGACAUCUCCGACAUUAAGGAAGGACAAGAAAUCAUGACUUUCAUUCACAAUAUCACAAAGGGACAAAUUUUCACCUCUAUUACUCCAAACAUCACUGGUAAGAUUGCUGCUGUUGACAUUACCGAUGACAUUGAGGUUUUCAAGUCCAUCGAGAAGGCGUUCCCUAUUGGUACUGCCGUCAAGGCUACCGUCAAGGAGGUUGAUGAAGACAGCAACAAUCUUGUGUUGAGAGUCAGAAAGACCCAAAUUAAGUCUACCGAAGAAUUAACUAUCGGAACCAGCUAUCCUGCCAGAAUCUUCAAGUUGUUGGAUAACAUUGCUUUGGUUGAAUUAGACGACAGGGUCAUUGCUUCUGCCUUCAUUACUGAUGCUUUGGAAGACUACUCCAAGAGAUUGAGCCAAGUGUUCCACGUUAACGACUUGGUUGUUGCUACUGUUAUUGACAUCGAUUCCAACGGCAAGGUUGCCGUCUCCUUGAGAUCCCAAGACUCGGACUCUGGUGAUAAGGUGAUCAACUCCUACCAAGAUCUUAACCGUGGUGACGUUGUCAAGGGUUACGUCAAGUCCCUCAACAACAACGGUGUCUACGUUUCUUUGGGUAGAUCUACCUUUGCUUUGGUUAGAGUGGCAAACAUUUACGACAACUUCAACAAAGACUGGAAGAAAUCUUUCAAGCUUUACCAACCUGUUGUUGGAAAGAUUGCUGCCUGUCAUGGUGAAGGUAAGAUCUUAAUGACUCUUAAGGAAAGUGAAGUCAACGGUGAAUUGAAGUACUCCAAGGUCAUUAGUGAUAUCAAGGUUGACGAAAUUUACGAAGGUACAGUUAGAAAGGUCGCUGAAUUUGGUGUAUUCGUUGGUUUGGAUGGCACAUUGAACGUUAGUGGUUUAUGCCACCGUUCCCAAAUCUCUGAUAAUGAUGUAUCCAAUAUCUCAUCGUUGUUUAGCGAAGGUGACCGUGUUAAAGUCAAGAUUUUAGCUGUUGACCUUGAAAAGAAGCAGUUGUCCUUAGGAAUGAAGGCUUCAUACUUCACUGACGACAUGGAAAUUGACCAGAACCAAGAUUCUGAAGAAGAAUCCGAACAAGAAGAUUCCGAAGCUGAAGACGAAGACGAGAUUAUGGAAGACGCUGCAGAAUCAGACUCUGAGUCUGGAUCCGAGUCCGAAUCUGACUCGGACUCCACCUCCAAGCAGGCUGACGGGUUGUCUGGAUUAUCCACCAACGGUUUCGAUUGGACGGCUUCUAUCUUGGACCAAGCUGAAGACGAUGAAUCCUCCUCUGACGAAGAAGACUUCACCCAAGAGAGAAAGAAGAAAAAGAAGAAGUCUGCUGCCCAGGUUGAAGACAAGACUGCCGACUUGAGCACCAGAGCUCCACAAUCCACCUCUGACUUUGAGCGUCUUUUGGUUGGUAACCCUAACUCUUCUGUCAUGUGGAUGAACUACAUGUCUUUCCAAUUGCAAUUGAGUGAAGUCGAAAAGGCCCGUGAAAUCGGAGAAAGAGCCUUGAAAACUAUCAACUACCGUGAAGAGCAAGAGAAGAUGAACAUCUGGAUCGCCAUGUUGAACUUGGAAAAUACCUUCGGUUCCGAAGAAACCCUCGACGAGAUUUUCAAGCGUUCUUGUCAAUACAUGGACCCACUUGUCAUGCACCAAAAGUUGGUUGGAAUCUACAACAUGUCUGAAAACUUUGAAAAGGCUGAGGCUUUGUACAAGGUGAUGACCAAGAAAUUCGGCAAGCAGGUUUCUGUGUGGGUACAAUACGGAUCUUCCUUGAUGGACCGUGGCUUGAACCAAGAAGCCCACGAAGUUUUGGCUAGAGCCUUGCAGAUCUUGCCAAAGAGAGAGCAUAUUGAAGUUGUCAAGAAGUACGCCCAACUCGAAUUUUCGAAGGGUGAUGCCGAGCAAGCCAGAUCUUUGUUUGAAGGAUUGGUGUCUGAUGCACCCAAGAGAAUCGACUUGUGGAACAUCUAUCUUGACCAAGAAAUCAAGCAGGACUCCAAGAAGAGAGUGGAGGACUUGUUCGAGAGAGUUUUGACCAAGAAGUUGUCCAAGAAGCAAGCCAAGUUCUUUUUCAGCAAGUGGCUUGUCUUUGAGGAAGAGAAGGGUGACGAGCAAAUGGUAGCCAAGGUCAAGGCCAAGGCCACCGAGUACGUCCAGGCCAACUAACUGUGAGCACAGUCUCAUUUGACCCAAUUCCAUUUUCUCCCGUUCCUAUAAUUGAAGACGCAGUCUCGCGGGAACUGUCCCGAUAAAUAGACCAGCUGUGUCAAACCAUUUUUGUCAUUGUUUAUAGUAUAUUAGUUCUUUUGUAUUUUAUAAAUUUGCACCCAGAUAACAAUUUUCUGUAAAAUCGCGAACAUUAAUCUGUUUCGAUAAGAAUAUUUCGCUAGUACACAGAGCCACACAGUAUGCUACACUCCUAGUAAGGAACACACUGUUCAAUCUCCAUGAACUACGUGGAAAUGACAAGGUCGGAAAUUUGCUGAAUUUCUUGUAUGUCAGCCAGCCCCAGC